UUGGGGAGGAGGGGGGCAAACAUUUGAUCACAGGACAACCCAAAUAUCCUUCAAUGGCUGAACUAUUAAACUUUGGGUCAUUCAUACCGUGGAAUACUCCAAUACAUGCAACAGCUCAGACGAGCUUCCAGGCAACUAUUACUUGCUGAGUGAAAAGAAGUCAACUCUGAAAGGUCAAUAUUGAGUACCUACAAUAUCAGCUUCUGUGGACAUUGUUGGGAAUAUGUGAGAAUAAUACAGACCCUUCUUUCAUGGAUCUUAUAGUAAAGCAUAUGUGCUUAUGCUGUAUCCAUGCAGUCAAAUCCCAUAGGAGAAUACAGUCUAUAAAUCCAGAAGACCUGAAUUUGUGUCUCUUUCUAUUAUUAACUAGUUGUUAUUUAAACAUUCUGUGUUGGCGAUCUCAUCUGAAGUUGAUCUUAUUCAGGGCAUUUUUUUCAUCUGUGAUAUUGUAUAUUUACCUCACGGACAAGGGUCAGUGAACUGAAGCCGACGGAUCAGCGCCCCCUUUUGUGAAGGCACCUGGGCGCAUGAGACCCCCAGCGGCCCGUCCUGGAAAGGAGAACAUGCCCCCCACGUCUCUCUGCAACCUCUCCCAGACGGCGGGCGCCAAUCAGAGCGGCUUCGUUCCCGGGGUGUCCGAGAGGGACUUGCUGGCCGCCGCCGACGGGACGAGCGCCAAGUUCGCGAUCCGCUGCGCGAUCCCGUCCCUCUACCUGCUCAUCUUCACGGUGGGCUUGCUGGGCAACAUCAUGCUGGUGAAGAUCUUGGUCUCCAGCAGCGCCAUGAGGAGCGCCCCCAACAUCUUCAUCUCCAGCCUGGCCGCGGGGGACUUGCUGCUGCUGCUCACCUGCGUCCCCGUGGAUGCCUCCCGCUACUUCUUCGACGAGUGGAUGUUCGGGAAGGUGGGCUGCAAGCUGAUCCCGGUCAUCCAGCUCACCUCGGUGGGGGUGUCAGUAUUCACGCUCACCGCCCUCAGCGCCGACAGGUACAGAGCCAUCGUCAACCCCAUGGACAUCCAGACUUCCGGGGCAUUGCUGUGGACCUGCGUAAAGGCGGUGGGGAUCUGGGUGGUCUCCGUGCUGUUGGCGCUUCCGGAAGCCGUGUUUUCGGAAGUGACGCGCAUUGAGAGCAUUGAAAAUGGCAGCUUCCUGGCGUGUGUACCCUACCCUUACACGGACGAAUUACACCCAAAGAUUCAUUCAGUGCUCAUCUUCUUGGUCUACUUCCUCAUACCACUUGCUAUUAUUAGUGUUUAUUAUUACCACAUUGCAAAGACCUUAAUUAAAAGUGCACAUAAUCUUCCUGGAGAAUACAACGAACAUACCAAAAAACAGAUGGAAACACGGAAACGCCUGGCUAAAAUUGUGCUGGUCUUUGUGGGCUGCUUCAUUUUCUGUUGGUUUCCAAAUCACGUUCUCUACCUAUAUAGGUCUUUCAACUAUAAGGAAAUUGACUCAUCUCUAUGCCACAUGAUUGUCACCUUAGUUGCCCGAGUUCUGAGCUUUUGCAAUUCUUGUGUCAAUCCAUUUGCUCUCUAUCUACUCAGUGAAAGCUUCAGGAGGCAUUUCAAUAGCCAGCUGUGUUGUGGGAGGAAGUCCUAUCAAGAGAGAUCAACCAGCUACCUUCUCAGCUCUUCUGCAGUGCGCAUGACAUCUCUGAAAAGCAAUGCUAAGAAUGUGGUGACCAAUUCUGUUUUACUAAAUGGGCACAGCACGAAGCAGGAAAUGGCACUGUGAUUUUAGCCAUUCAACUCACUACCUGGAAAGAACUUACUCACCUUGCUGUCUCUGGAGCAGAGCAGAAAGAAACAAUUUUCUCAUCAGCUGGUUCAUCAGGCGACUUCAUGAUUGACUCAGAAAAGGCAAGACAAACACAGCUAGCGUUCUUCUCUGAACAGGAAUUUGCCUUGAAAAAUAUAUAUCUCAUGCUAAAAACCAUUCAAAUGCAAUUCUAUAUAUGUACAAAUCAAUAUUGCUUCAGAUUUAAGCUGCUGUUAGAACCAACUCCACUGUAUUUAUCUUAAAUUUGUUUUAUCUUGAAAUGUUUUUCUAUAUUGACUUGAUGAUUCAGUGAGGAUAGUAUUCAAAUUCCUAUUUGAAAAAGGAGUCAUAUUUUCCUGGUGAAUUUAAUUCAUAACCAGUGCAUGCAUAUAUCUCCUUUGUUGAAAUAAAAUAGAAAAUUCAAAA